CCGCGACCCGCCGCGCGAGUCGCCCGCCCGUCGCGUCGCCGCCGCGUCUAAACAAGAUGGCCGCCGAACUACAAAACAUCAGAUUCGUGCAAGAAAUCAAGAAAUAUGCUUUCCUAUACAAUUAUAAAGACCCCGAUUACAUGAGAAAGGAUAUGACUGAUGCAGCUUGGUCGGAAAUUGGGAGGAAAUUCAAAAUAUCAGGACCUGCAGCCAAGGAGAAGUGGAAGAAUCUUCGAAGCGUUUUUGUCCGCCAUUUGAAGCCUUAUAAGAGUGGACUUGUUCGCAGAAAGCCUUAUUACUUAAGUGAAUAUUUGCAAUUCGCUGUGCCCUAUAUAAAAAAGCCACUAGACCAAGUCCCAGGUGCGGAAAGUUUUAGAAACAGAACGAUAACUAUUGACGAUGACAGUGAUGAACCCCCGACCCCUGAACCCAAGACACCCGCGCCUCCACAACCAUCCAGCACGAGAAAACAGACUUCUGAUGAACCGCGGCCACGAAGCAAUGCUAAUAUUGCAUCCUGUUCAAAACCGACUGAAAACAAUAGCAGUAAUGAAGAUUGCAACAAAAUGUUCUUGCUCAGUUUACUGUCCGAUAUGAACCAGAUGAAUUUAAGUCAAGUAAGACUUUUUAAGAGAAAGGUGCUCGGUUUAAUAGAUAGCAUCAUGGAGGAAAGUCCACCUUCGCCUGUAAAUCCACCUUCGCCUGUAAAUCCACCUUCGCCAGUACGUCAUUCUCCAACCAGGCAGGUGUGUAAAGAGGAAAGUGAGGAAUUUUUCGACGAAGAAUCAAUGGAUUCUGAUCCACUACUAUUAUGAUCCAGGGCCUAUUUUUUGUUUCAGUUAAGCAUAGAAGUAAUAAAUAAGCAUUUACGUUGUCUAAAA